AUGCGUCAAUUGAAUUUAUCAAAAUAUUCCAGCCGAAGUAAUGAUAUCGAGGAAGCUGUGGAUAAUUUAAUUAUUAUAGAACCAACUAUGGGUGUCAUCGCACCAAGACAAUCAAUAAAUAUUGAUAUAAUUCUGUCUUCAUCAAAAUCUUUAAACAUAAAAGAAGAUAUUCCAUGUUUUAUUGAUAUCCUACCAAAUUCCCCUUUAUGGCUGCAUAUUGAAGCUGAAUUCACGGAACCAGCCAUUGCAUUUGAUAAACCCGAUUGUAAUUUUGGUCUCAUGCGGCCGAAUGAAACAGUUAAACAAAGCAUUCUAUUGACAAAUACUUCACCUUCAUCAAGAAAAUGGCGCCUUGAAAUGGAUACAGUCAACAGUAAGUUUGCAUCAGAAAUGAAAAUCCAUCCAUCUUGUGGAAUUUUGAAACCAGUUCAAUCGAUUACUGUAAAUUUAUCAUUUACACCAGAAAUGGUAAGAAGUGUUCGUGAAGUGAUUACAGUGCACACAGAAGAAAGUGAAGAAAUAAGCAAACUACUGAUAUUAGCUGAAGUGCAAACACCAUUAAUCGAUUUCGAACCAAAUCAUAUUGAUUAUAAUGAAUGUUAUUGGAAUAUACCAAUCACUAAAGUAAUUACAGUUACCAAUUUAAAUUUACUUGAAUGCGAUUUAGAAUGGAUCGAUCCUGUUGGGAAAGAUAAAGAAUGGGUCACUGUGAAUGUUACACCAAAGUCCUUUCGAAUCACUGGUCAACAAAAUCAAAAGUGUGAAGUUACCAUAUGUGCACGUAAACAGGCUCCAGUUGAAGAUCUUCGUAUUCCACUGCGUGUAGACGGAUUAAAUGAUUUCUUGUGGUUGCCUGUAACAGCCAAAGUAAAUGGAUUGUCAUUGAAAUAUCGUCUAAUUAAUCCAGAUGACAAAGUCGAUGAAAGCGAAUUGAAUUCACAAGAGUACUUCACUGUUGUGUCUGAUAUCAACAGUAAAACUCCUGUUAUCAAUUUUGGAGAAAAUGUUAGUCUUUUUGAACCAGUUGAAAAAUGGAUUGAAUUUAUUAAUGAUACCCCGAUACCAACUAAAAUAUGUAUAGACAUGGGUAAUCUAUCAACUAAAGUCAAUUAUUCAGAUUAUCAUUAUAAACCUGAACUUGGUGCAAAACGAUUUUUAAAGCUAUCCAGUCAAACUACUGAUAAUUCUAUAAGUAGACGAAAAUUAUUAUUAUUAAUGGCAGAAAAGGAAUGUAAAACCGAGAUUAGGAACUUAUACGAUUGGUGCAAUUCAUUACUGGAAGGCUCUAAAGGUGCUUGUUUACUUGCUCAUUCAGCAAUUUCAUCUUCCUCUAGUGGUUGGGCGUCAGAUUUUCAAUUAGCUGAGUAUAAUUUAGUUACAGUCAAUACAUAUCAAUCUGAAACGUUGAUUAUGCCCUCUUGGUGUUUACCUGGCUAUGGUUAUCUAAGAAUAUGCUUCAUAUGUAUAGCCAAUUUGUGGGGUGCAUAUCAAGACAGUAUACGUGUCUACGUAUUUCCAGAGUUUAAUAUUCCAAAUGAAGUUAAUUUACCGCACAUAGAAAUGCCAGUCAGAUUCAAAGUAAUUGGAUGUCCAGUAUAUUCUAUAGCUACAGGACAUUUUGGUCAGUUGUCUAACAAUCUAAUGACGUCGAUGCAUCAUAAUACAUUAAGGAGUAACGAUAUACUCCCUAAAACCGCUUUACCACUUACAGCUACCCGACAAUUUAUACGAUUUGGUAGUGUUCUAUACAAUGGUCCGACUGUGAAACGGAAAAUUCGUCUACAUAAUUCAUGUGGAACAGCUAUAAGAAUCGACUGGCAAGUAUUUCUUGACUCUGAAAUUGAAGAAACUGAUCAGUUGUUAAAUCUUUUAUGUUUUAUCUCAGAACCAUUUGAGAAAUUACCAUCUUCUUUAUUAAUUGAUGACCAAUUUUUAGACAGUACUGAAACAAUCGAAGAUGAAUCCAGUACAAAACCACUAAUUAAUUUAGUCCUUCGUCCUUACGAUGGAAAGUUAAUAUGGCAGUCAUCCUCUGCACAAAUUCUGCCAACAUUAAAAGAUAACUAUAAACGUUUGUUUACCGUAGAACCUGAACAAGUGAUAAUACCUCCGCAUGAAGAAUUCACCGUCACUAUAGUAAUGAAUCCAACAGAAGCAUAUUCAGAAAUGAUGUCUUAUUCAAUGUUCAACUUAAAAGCUCAUAUUAUUGGUUAUUUAAGUAUUGAUUCUAAGGAAUUUCUAGAUAUUCCAAGGACAAAUGCAUUGAUCACUGAACAAUUACGUUUUGAUGUAACUGCUAAAUUAGAACAACCAAGACUUUUAAUUGACCUCAAUGAUGAUCCUCUAGAAAUUGACAACACACACGCAUCUCUUCUAUCUUCACAACCAAUCAUCACUUUACACUUUAAAUCAGGAUUUGGCCAAUUUCUAAGUGUUUCAUCUUCAAUGAGAUGCAUGCAAAAUUAUCUCCUCAGUUCAAACGACAACAAUCCAAGUUCUCAUUCCAUUCUAACAAAACAUGAUCUUGAACAGCCACAACAAAGUUUGUCUCCAUCUGAUAACGAACCUGGAAGUCUACUCAUGAGUAGUAUAGUACUGGAAAGGAAAAUUUACUUACGCUGUACAAAUAGCAUACCUGUAGCUAUUUGUAUUAAAGCGAAAUAUCCAGAGAAUUUAAGAUUCAGGAGAAGAAGAACAAUUGGGAUGAAGGAGACAAUAGUGUAUACUGAUAAAGAUAAUUCGAUGGCUAUAGAGGGUCAGGACAUCGUAGUAAAUACGAAUGAAUAUUCUAAUGAAACAACAAUCAUUAAGAUGAAUAAAACUGAUUUUGAAGAGUUAUAUAAACCACAAAUCAACCUGACAAUACAUCCAGAUAAAUUAGAAAAGAUAACCGUCGGUUAUUUAUUGGAAAAAGAUUUUUGUCUCAGACAGAUAAAUUCAAAAGUUUCAGGAGAUAAUUUGGAGAUUGAUGAAUCUCGCUUACGCUUGAAAAAUGAAAUCUUAUUCAAGUUUCAAGUAACCAAUGAUGAUUUAAGUAGUAGCGAUACACUUGUUGAUUCAAUGAUCAAUAAUUCUACUGAUAUCUAUCAAUUAUACACACAAAUUACAAUUAUUAGACCACAAUUUAAAAUUCAUCCAAUUGGCGCCUUAGAUUUUGGUACUGUUUUAAUUGGAAAAACGAAAAAAAUGGAGAUAAAAAUACAAAAUAUAGCACAAACACCAACAUUUUGGUUGCUGAAACUAUGUAAUGAUAAAACGCCAGAUGAAAUAGACGCCCGCGGUGAUGUAUUCCGUACAACAAAGUGUUCAGGAUAUUUGAACGCUAUGUCAAAUGAUGGUAGUCAAUUUUCAGAAAUGAUAACUGUCGAAUUUCAGCCAAGAAAAACUGGUCGUGUUGAAACGACAUGGAAAUUUGAAGGAAUUCUUGGAGAGCAGACACAAUUUAUUAAACUAAUCGGUUCUGGAAGUCUUGAUGAAUGUUUCAAUACAAUUUAG